AUGGAGGUGACGCGCUUUUACGUUCCUUCUAGGGACGUCGACUAUAAGGGGUUUGUUGAAUUCCUUGAGGGUCGAUUGGCCAAAGCCUACGCAAACGCCAAAGGCAUUGAGCACGAUGCUGCGAAGGCAAGUUCUGACCCAGCCACCGCUCGUCUGACGGAUGUCAAGAAUUACACUGGCGCAGCCAAAGAACGCUUUGAUCCUGCCACGGGUAAAGGUAAGGGCAAACUCGGACGCGAAGAUGCUCCGCCCGCCUUCACAACCAGCGGUAUCUCCGCGCCCCGACACCCUCACGGCGACCAUGUUCUGCGCGCUUCUAAGAAACCCCUGUAA